AUGAGAAUUAUUGAAAUAACUAUUCUGCUGCUCGCAUUGAAUUUUAAAGGUGAUUUCAAAGGUGACCUACACCUGAAGGAGUUAUUCUAUACCAAAUUUCAACCCAUAAAAUCUUUCGGAGUCAACAUCACAACUCUAUACUCUAUGAACUGCGCAACUUACUGGUUAGCUGGAAUGGUGAUUGUUCCUUUGUACAAAAAGUCGUUACCCUUUUCAUCAGCCAGCAAGGAUUACUUCAUUGAAAAAGCAAUUCCUUUAUCAAAUAUAAUAUCAGUAGCUACAGAUGAAGCACCUGGCAUGGUUGGACGUUAUCGUGGAUUUAUAAGCAGUUUUCUUACGAACCUGGAAUAUUCGUUCGAAAUCCUUCAUGUUGUUAUUUUGAAAUGCGGAAAUGAGAUCUGUCAUCGCCUUGAUCUCCUCGUCGUUCUUGUAGGGUUUUGCUUCUUGCGAAUCAAAUGGAUUGAUAGCGGACUGCAACAACAUGCUGGUCAAGAUCAGGUGAGUAAUUUCAUCCUACAUCUCACAAGAUCAGGACAACUUUCCACAGACCAAAUACUCAGUAUAUGUAAGUAUGUGAGAUAUAAGUACUAUUUUACCAAAAAACAUUUUCUCUUAACAUGGGCAGAAAUUUCUUAUUCCAGUCGCUCACCAAACUUAUAG